GGGGCGGUACGCACCCUGGGAGAAGCCAAUGAGAAAACCAGGCCCGGCUCGAGGGGCGGUGCCGUCGGUCACAUGCGCACCUGGGGCGUCUGGCGGCCGUGGCGCGGGCACCCCGAGCUGGAGGAAGGGAGCGGGGCCGGGCCGGGGCGGGGUUAGGCAGGUGAGUGACAGGCUCCGGGGGGCCGGCCCCAGCUGAGAGCUCCGAGUGAUCCAGGAGUAGCUGCGGCGGUGUCCGCCCCCUCCCUCCGCCCCUCCAGCCGGGCUGGUCUCUGGCCGGGCACUGUCGCGGGCCCCCCUGGCCUGGCCACCUCCCUCUCCCCUGGCCCGCAAACUUUGUGGCGAAGCCGGCGUCGGGCAGAGCGGGCUCCAGGGGAGAUCCAGGAGCUCCCAAUGUCGGGCUGCGGGAGCCGUUGACCCGGGGACGCCGCGGUUCGUGGCAGCAGCGUGGAGCAGCCGGCCGAUCGCCACCUCUGGUGCAUGGGGAUCGGCUGAGAAGCCAGCAUGGGCAACUGCGUGGGGAGACAGCGCCGGGAGAGGCCGGCUGCUCCGGGACACCCCCGCAAGCGAGCAGGUCGCAAUGAGCCUUUGAAGAAGGAGCGACUCAAGUGGAAGAGUGACUAUCCCAUGACUGACGGGCAGCUGCGGAGCAAACGAGACGAGUUCUGGGACACAGCACCUGCCUUUGAGGGCCGCAAGGAGAUCUGGGAUGCCCUCAAGGCUGCCGCCUAUGCUGCUGAAGCUAAUGACCAUGAGCUUGCUCAGGCCAUCCUGGAUGGAGCCAGCAUCACCCUGCCUCAUGGAACUCUUUGUGAGUGCUAUGACGAGCUGGGUAAUCGCUACCAACUGCCCAUCUAUUGCCUGUCACCACCUGUGAACCUGCUGCUGGAGCACACAGAGGAGGAGAGCCUGGAGCCUCCUGAGCCCACCCCUAGUGUGCGCCGCGAAUUCCCACUGAAAGUGCGCCUCUCCACAGGCAAGGACGUGAGGCUCAAUGCCAGCCUGCCUGACACAGUGGGGCAACUCAAGAGGCAGCUGCACAGCCAGGAGGGCAUUGAGCCAUCCUGGCAGAGAUGGUUCUUCUCUGGGAAGCUGCUUACAGACCGCACAAGGCUCCAGGAAACCAAGAUUCAAAAAGACUUCGUCAUCCAGGUCAUCAUCAAUCAGCCCCCACCCCAGGACUGAAGGCACCUGACUCUUGGGAAAAGAGGCCAUGGAGGUCCCCUGCAGGCUGCAGGACCCUCAGCCUGUCGCUGCCUUCCAGUGCUGCUGUCUUCUUCAGGGGCGCCUCCCGCCACCCUGCUGUUUGCUCUUUGUGAGCUGUGAAGGGACUUGCCUUCCUUCCAGGGCCCUGGAUCCACCAGUGCCCAGUACCCAGGGAGCAGUGCUGCCUGCCACACACAGGCCUUGCCAGCCCUGGAGAAAAGGCACAGGUUGGAGCCAUGGGGGCCAUCCUGCAGACCUGGAACCCAGAUCUGUCAUCUGGUGCCACCACUGUGCUCACUCCAGUUUUCUGCUCAGGGUUGGAAGCAAUUGCUGUCUCCCCUUUUAUCCCUCACCAUGACUCUGCCCUGGGCACAGUGCCAGUCCCCUGAAUGGGGAGGGAGCCCAGUGGGCCCCGGGACUUGAGGAGCUUGAGGUGCCCUCUCUGCCUCUCCCUGCACCCAGCACAAUCUGCAGAGAUGAGGCAGGUGGCCAGAUAGCCAGGCUUUAUGGCAGGGGUUUGCACAGGGCUAUCCCCAACUGUCACCCAGGCAGGGUGGGGUCCGGAGCCUGGCCAUGGCCCCAGCAGGGCCCUGUGUACAGACACGUCUGCAUUUUAUCAAUAAAGCCUUUGCUCCUCUCUUACCUA